AAAGACGUUCCUUGCUUGCUUGUUACCCUCUCAAAUUAACUCUCUCUCCACGCCCACCCGCCGCAAGUACCUUCAGCGAGACUCCGAAGUUGUUCAGUGAGCAUAGCCAGAAAGAACAGCUGGGUUUAGCUCCCUCGAGACCUGGGAGCGGUGGGGGGCGGGGAAGGGGUCUGCAGACUGGAAGCGGGGCCUGGCCGCGGCACUCCCCCGCCCGCUGCAGGGGCGGAGCCAUUCGGGUCCCGCCCGCGGGGGCGGGGACGGAGCCAAGGCCGCGGGCUGCGGUGCUCGGCUGGUUCCGGGUUGAGAGGCUGCGCUAGGAGCUGAGCUGUGGCUGCUGAACCCGGGCGGGUAAGGGGCCGUGCCGGGCCGUGCCGGGCCGGGUCUUGGGGCUGGAAUUGGGCUGCUGAGUGUACUUGCACCCCUCCUCUCCUCUGCCAGGCACUGCUGCGGUGUGGCUCCUUCAGCAUUGCCCCUCCCAAGCUCCCCCAUCCCCCCACCGCACCCCUCCUGAAAUUUCGACGCCCCCAAGACCUUCUCCUUCCUCUUGUAGCCCCUUUCCCCAGCACCUAUCCCUUCGGACUGUCUCUUCCCCUAGAACCUCCAUGACAGGCGCCCCUUCACUCAAACACCCAAGAUCCCCCAUCUCCAACACCCAGCGCCCCGGGUCGCACACUACCUCGAGACAACCAUUCACCCGGGCUCGCAUCGCGGGCAGCGUCUACCCCCCCUUGCCUCCUCCCGUUACCCCCCAACGGGGCAGCUCUGCUCCCUUCUCCAGUAGCUGCCACCCCCGUCUCUCCCGGCCUGCUUCCCGACCCCAUCCCUCGGUGCUAGCCCUGACAGCGCCGCGCUCUCGCAGCCGCCCCCCUGCAUCUCGGGCCCCCCUCUCCGGCGCAUCCGGCGCCAUGGCGUGCAGCCUCAAGGACGAGCUGCUCUGCUCCAUCUGCCUGAGCAUCUACCAGGACCCGGUGAGCCUGGGCUGCGAGCACUACUUCUGCCGCCGCUGCAUCACCGAGCACUGGGUGCGGCAGGAGGCGCAGGGCGCCCGCGACUGCCCCGAGUGCCGGCGCACGUUCGCCGAGCCCGCGCUGGCGCCCAGCCUCAAGCUGGCCAACAUCGUGGAGCGCUACAGCGCUUUCCCGCUGGACGCCAUCCUCAGCGCGCGCCGCGCCGCGCGCCCCUGCCAGGCGCACGACAAGGUCAAGCUCUUCUGCCUCACGGACCGCGCGCUGCUCUGCUUCUUCUGCGACGAGCCUGCGCUGCACGAGCAGCACCAGGUCACCGGCAUCGACGACGCCUUCGAGGAGCUGCAGAGGGAGCUGAAGGAGCAGCUUCAAGCUCUGCAAGACAGCGAGCGGGAGCACACCGAGGCACUGCAGCUGCUCAAGAGACAGCUGGCGGAGACCAAGUCUUCCACCAAAAGCCUGCGGACCACCAUCGGGGAGGCCUUCGAGCGCCUGCACCGGCUGCUACGUGAGCGGCAGAAGGCCAUGCUGGAGGAGCUGGAGGCUGACACGGCCCGCACGCUGACUGACAUCGAGCAGAAAGUGCAGCGCUACAGCCAGCAGCUGCGCAAGGUGCAGGAGGGGGCCCAGAUCCUGCAGGAGCGGCUGGCUGAAACCGACCGGCACACUUUCCUGGCUGGGGUGGCUUCACUCUCUGAGAGGCUCAAAGGGAAAAUCCACGAGACCAACCUGACGUAUGAAGACUUCCCCACAUCCAAGUACACGGGCCCCCUGCAGUACACCAUCUGGAAGUCUCUGUUCCAGGACAUCCACCCAGUGCCGGCUGCCCUGACCCUGGACCCGGGCACUGCCCAUCAGCGACUCAUCCUGUCGGAUGACUGCACCAUUGUGGCCUACGGCAACCUGCACCCACAGCCACUGCAAGACUCACCAAAGCGCUUUGACGUGGAGGUGUCAGUGUUGGGCUCUGAGGCCUUCAGCAGCGGUGUCCACUACUGGGAGGUGGUGGUAGCAGAGAAGACCCAGUGGGUGAUUGGGCUGGCCCAUGAGGCCGCUAGCCGCAAGGGCAGCAUCCAGAUCCAGCCCAGCCGAGGCUUCUACUGCAUCGUCAUGCACGAUGGCAACCAGUACAGUGCCUGCACUGAGCCCUGGACGCGGCUCAACGUCCGCGACAAGCUUGACAAGGUGGGCGUCUUCCUGGACUAUGACCAAGGCCUGCUCAUCUUCUACAAUGCCGAUGACAUGUCCUGGCUCUACACCUUCCGGGAGAAGUUCCCAGGCAAACUCUGCUCGUACUUCAGCCCUGGGCAAAGCCAUGCCAAUGGCAAAAAUGUGCAGCCACUUAGGAUCAAUACCGUCCGCAUCUAGUGUGGCCCCGUGAGACUACAGGUGCCUGGGCCGAGUGAGGCCACCGGCAAGAGCCCUGCCCAGAAGAGGGGAGUCUGGACUUGCUUGGCCACCCUGAGAUAUCAGGCCAAUUGUUUACCUUCCAACCUCCAUUUCCCUAUCUGUGGGAUGGAGGUUGUGUUCCCUAAUUCCCACACUUUCAGUGUUGAUGUUCUGUAGCUCUGACCUUGAAGGGGGAGAUAGCUUUGGUCUAAGGAUGUGGCAUUGCUUCUCCUCAUGACAGCCUCUUCCCAGCCCUCAUCCCCCUCCUCUCAAAGACAAGGGACUCCCCCCAUUGUGCAUCCCUUCUGCCCAAAUGCCCUGAUGUCAGGGUGUAUCAGAGUGUUGGCAGUGCUUAGCAACCCAGAAAAUAUAUAGAACCCUUUUAAGUUCCCAGGUUCAAGACAUGCCCUAAGUCAGUGAUGGAGAAUUUUAACCACUCCCACAGUGGACCCAGGCAGUAGCUGAUGAUAGGGUUGGCUCUUUCCUGACCCCCAUACUGAGAUCUUUAUAAUUCCUGCUUUUCCCACUUAUCUCUAGGUAGAGGUGUUGCUACAGCCUAUGGAUGACACUUGGUUUUUAAGGAUGUCAUAGUCACUGUGCCACUACUUUUCUGCCCCCAGAUCUAAAGCAGGGCAAUGACACGCCUCAAGACUGAUGAAUAACACAGUCAUCCAAAGCUGGGCUAGUGCAAGCAUGGAUGAUGUAGCUCCCCAGUAUCUGUAGAUCAGGGCACAGCCAGAUCUCUGGGACAAGGCUAGAGUAGAAAAGACUACUGGGGACAGUUGUUAUAGACAGAAGGUGAGCACUGGGAUAGGCUGUUGACUGGAACUUCUUAACCAGGCUUGGAAUCAAACUCAGAAUCCUGUUGCAGGAAGGAAGAUCUGCAUUAACAAGUUUAAUUAGACAAGGAUUUAUUACUAAGUCCCUUUGGCUUUGAAAAAUCAUUGGACAGACUGGAAGACUGCUAAAUUUCCAGGAAGGGCUUGGAAACUGAGAUAGAUUCAUUGUGUCUGUGACCAAGAAUGCUACUCCCUUCUGCAGAAAAGCCACUGGCUAUAGAACCAUGUGUGCCAGCAACUGGAUAUCCUGAGCCUGGCCUCCCUCCCAUUCAGUUUGAUUCCCAAAUCCAGAUCUCUCCCCAAGGGACUCUGUUGGAGGAAACUUAAACCAAACCCAGAGCUUUGGCUACAAGGGAAUCUGAGAAAUGUAAUUUUCUUCUUUCUAGCCACAUCUAUACAAAAAGGGAAUGCUAUGCAUAAGUUAGAAUGGAUGUUGAACAAGUCCACCCAUGGUUUUUGUCACAAGAAUCAACCUCUAGACCUUGACUUUGACACUACACAGCUUCCAGGCAUUCUCUGAGACUCUCCCCUGCCUGGGAGCAGGAGCAGGAGCGAGAGCUCAGGCAUAGGGUCCACAAGCCAGAGCCCAGAGGGCUCCCUAGCCGUGAAUAUUCUUUCUAGUCCUGUGCCCAAGAUCCUGAACUUGGUGUCUCAGAUAACACCUAUCCCAAAGGACCCACAACAGCAGAAGAACUUGGGGGGCUCCCAUAUCACAACUGCCUGCUCUCUGGGACCUCUAGGCAAGAGGAAUCCUCAGUCUACCCCUCAGUCACUUGGCCACUAGAAUCUGGGCCACCACCACCCCCGCAGCAUUUUUAUUUUAAAUGUUUCCCCAUUUUUUGUGAGUUAUGAAUUUGUAUUAAAUUAAAGUUACAGGGUGUCAA